UUUGGGUUCUACUCUUACAAAUUUACAAAAGGAGUACGCCUCCCUUUCCUCUCGCUAAUAUACACAAGUGAGACAACCAAAUUGACAGAGAGCUGUGAGGCGGACACAACAAUGGCGGACGAUGACUAUGAUAUGGACGGAGGAUACGUGGACGAGCCAAUAGAACCUGAGCCUGAUGAAGGAGCAGAGAUUGAAGAAGAUAAUGGCAACAACGAGGACAUACCAGACCCCCUGUUGGGUGAAGGUGAGGAGAAAACAGAGCAAGAGCCUGUGGAGCGACCUCGGAAGACGUCUAAGUAUAUGACAAAAUAUGAACGUGCUAGAAUCCUGGGCACUCGUGCACUCCAGAUCAGCAUGAAUGCUCCUGUGAUGGUUGAGUUGGAGGGGGAAACUGAUCCACUUGAGAUUGCAAUGAAGGAGCUCCGAGAGAGAAAGAUACCAUUCACAAUUCGCCGUUACCUGCCUGAUGGAAGUUAUGAAGAUUGGGGAGUCGAUGAAUUGAUUGUUGAGGAUUCAUGGAAGAGACAAGUCGGAGGAACUUGAUGCUUGAAGUGCCUCCUUUGCGUGUGAGGAGUAUUAUCUGUUGGUUUUGGUUGUGAAGUUAACAUUAACAAUGUUAUCAAUGUAUUAAGGAAAACUCAAGUGAUUAAUCAUAUCGACUCUGUAAUAUUGCAAGUUCUAAUGGGUAUGUACUUUGUCAACCAUUGAUGGAGCAAGGGCUCUAAAACUGGGCACCAGUGCUGAGUUUUUGUAUGAGAUGGAAGUAAUUUACUAGUAGGGUCCUGAGACUCCAAAAAUUUGUUAGUAAAUGGAAAAAUGGAGUAUGACUCUCAACACUUUUUAGAAGGAAAUUGGGUUGC